CCUCCGCCCGCCCUCCGGCCCCUGUCGCCCCAGCCCGCGCGCCCCGCUCCCACCCCGGGUUCCUGGUUAAGAUGGCGUCUCCCGCGACCGUGCAGGCCGGGAAACUUCUGCGAAGCCCAGCGCUCCAGCCCCGGUUCCUGGCCGCCAGGUCCCAGGCAAUUCAGUUAACCUCCAGAAGAUGGCUGAAUCUUCAGGAAUACCAGAGCAAGAAGUUGAUGUCUGAGCAUGGAGUGAGAGUUCAAAGAUUCUUUGUAGCAAACACUGCAAAUGAAGCUCUGGAGGCUGCUAAAAGACUAAAUGCCAAAGAAAUUGUAUUAAAAGCCCAGAUCUUAGCUGGAGGAAGAGGAAAAGGUGUCUUCAGUAGUGGUUUGAAAGGAGGUGUUCAUUUAACUAAAGACCCUAAAGUUGUGGGACAGCUGGCUAAACAGAUGAUUGGGUAUAAUCUAGCAACGAAACAAACUCCAAAAGAAGGUGUGAAAGUUAACAAGGUGAUGGUUGCUGAAGCCCUGGACAUUUCCAGAGAAACCUACUUGGCCAUUCUGAUGGACAGGUCCUAUAGUGGCCCUGUGCUGGUGGGCAGUCCCAAGGGCGGUGUUGAUAUUGAAGAGGUGGCAACUUCCAAUCCAGAACUUAUCUUUAAGGAGCAGAUUGACAUUUUUGAAGGGAUAAAGGACAGUCAGGCUCAGCGGAUGGCAGAAAAUCUGGGCUUCCUUGGGCCUUUGAAAAACCAGGCUGCCGAUCAAAUUAAGAAGCUGUAUAAUCUCUUCCUGAAAGUUGAUGCUACUCAGGUGGAAGUGAAUCCCUUUGGUGAAACUCCAGAAGGACAAGUUGUCUGUUUUGAUGCAAAGAUAAACUUUGAUGAUAAUGCUGAAUUCCGACAAAAGGACAUAUUUGCUAUGGACGACAAAUCUGAGAAUGAGCCCAUUGAAAAUGAAGCUGCCAAGUAUGAUCUAAAAUACAUAGGACUGGAUGGCAACAUUGCUUGCUUUGUGAAUGGUGCAGGACUGGCUAUGGCAACUUGUGACAUCAUUUUCCUCAAUGGUGGGAAGCCAGCCAACUUCUUGGACCUUGGAGGUGGUGUAAAAGAAGCUCAAGUAUAUCAUGCAUUCAAGUUGCUCACAUCUGAUCCUAAGGUUGAAGCCAUCCUUGUCAAUAUUUUUGGUGGUAUUGUCAAUUGUGCCAUCGUUGCCAAUGGGAUCACUAAGGCCUGCCGGGAGCUAGAACUCAAAGUGCCCCUUGUGGUACGCCUUGAAGGAACCAAUGUCAAGGAGGCCCAGCGCAUCCUCAGCAACAGUGGACUCCCCAUAACUUCAGCCGUGGAUCUGGAGGAUGCAGCAAAGAAGGCAGUGGCCAGUGUAACAAGGAAGUGAUGACCUCAUUCUGAGCCCCAGGAGAAGGGAUGAUUCUCUCUUUAAAUGGCUUUUUCUCGGGAAAGAGUAUGGAGAUGAGCAAGAAUCACUGUAUGAAAAAAUCUGAAAUCUGACUUUUCUCAACUAAGAUAUAUAGGAUGUCUGAAUCUGAAUUUACUUAUGUAGUCCUUAU